AUGGCCGAGCCAUCGUUGAAAAUUCUUGUUUGCGGUGAUGUGAACGGACAGUUCGAUUCAUUGCUGAAACGAGUGGAUGCUGUCAACAAGAAGAGUGGUCCGUUUGAUAUGCUUUUUUGUGUCGGCGAAUUUUUUGGUCCGGAUAAGGAGUCAAACGAAGGAAUUAUCAAUGGUGUUGUCAGAAUACCCGUUUCUACAUACAUCUUAGGACCAUGUUGUGCGUCAACAUCACGAUUUUAUCCUGAUGAUGGUGUCGAAUUCUUCACAAAUCUGACGUAUCUUGGGAAAAGAGGUAUAUUGACUACCGCAGGUGGUCUUCAAGUAGCAUAUCUAAGUGGAAUCGAGGGUACACAAGGUUUGCCUUUCCAGUUCAACCAGAACGAUGUUAGUGAAUUGCUGAGGUUUGUGAAAGCAAGUACCGGAUAUUUGGGACUCGAUAUUUUGCUUACAUCUAUGUGGCCUGCUGGGAUUUCAAAAUUUUCGACAAAUUGUCCAAAAAUAAAUGUAGAAGGAAGUUGCAUGUUAUCUCAGCUUGCAGCAGGCUUAAAACCUCGUUAUCAUUUUGCUGGGAUGGGUACACAUUACGAACGAACACCGUACAGGAACCAUCGAGUCUUACAGGAAGCCGCUCAACAUGUUACACGUUUUAUUGGUUUAGCUCCAGUAAUUAAUCCGGAAAAGGAUAAGUGGCUUUAUGCUUUCUCAAUAACCCCUAUGCGGAAGUUAUCAAGAGCUGAACUUACAGCACAACCAAAUAAUGCUACCGAGUUUCCAUAUAUGGAAAUUCUGGCACGAAUGAUCUUAGACGAGAGGGAAAAAAAGAAGAAACAGCAGGAUUCCAAGGAACAAUAUUUUUUUGAUAUGUCAGUUGAAGUUGAAGAUAAUGUUGAUCAUGGCGUUAAACGGCGGAGAAAAGAUGAAUCUUUUUCUCGAGAAUCACGAGUCCAGCAGCCUUGCUGGUUCUGUCUGUCAAACGUGGAUGCUGAGCAGUAUUUGGUAAUAUCUGUGGCUGAUGAGUGUUACUUGGCUAUGCCAAAAGGUCCACUGGUGGAUGAUCAUGUAAUGAUUUUGUCGAUUGGUCAUAUACAAUCAGUUGUGGCAGCUCCGCAGGCAGUUAGAGAUGACAUCAAAAAAUACAAAGAUGCUUUAACAUUGAUGUUCAGCAAACAAGACAAAUUACCGGUAUUUUUCGAACGGAAUUAUAAAACGCAACAUCUGCAGGUGCAGGUUGUACCGGUUCCGAAAACUUGUUCGAAGGCUUUGCGGAAUUCUUUUCUGAAUGCUGCACAAAUAAAAAACAUAGAAAUGAUAUUCCUCAAAGAGGACGAAGAGAUUUGGGACGCAGUAAAUGAAGGUUGUCCGUAUUUUCUUGUCGAAAUUCCAGAUGGCAAUCGACUGUACUCGUUAAAAAUGGCCAAUUUUCCACUACAAUUUGGAAGAGAAGUAUUGGCAGAACCGGCGUUGUUGGAUUGUGAAGAAAAAGUUGAUUGGCGUCAGUGCGAGAUGGAGAAAAGUGAACAAGCAAAACUGAUAGAUAAUUUGAAACAAAUUUUCAAACCAUAUGAUUUCACCAAUGUCGAUGAUGAAUAA